AUGUCAACGUCUACUACUCAAGACCCAUUGUACAGAUUUCAUAAGCAAUUCCAAUCGUUUGUUCAAAACAAUCCAAAUGUUAUAUCUGCAGCCAGGGCUGCUUCACAGAUCCCGGAAUCUGCCAAGGCUGUGGUAGUAUUAUCACCUUAUUCAUUAAAACAUGUAUUUCCAAGAGAUUGGGUUAGUAAAUCCUAUAAAAAGACUAUUGUGGAGAGACCUGAAAGACUCUUGGCAUCCUCAUUAGGUAUUGCAGCAGCUAUUACCAUGUAUCCUGCUUUAUUCACUUUAAAAUCUUCUCAUUAUAAAAAAUCAUCCUUAUUAUCUCCACACGUUUUAAAAGUUCAUGGUAAUGAUUGGCCAAGAAAUUUAUUGGAGAUUUGUAAGCAAGCUGAUACUAAAUUACAAAAUAAUGAAAUUGAAGUUCCUGAUAAUUGGAAUGCAGGUGAUAUUUAUUUAAGUUCGAAGACAAUUGAAGCCUUAGAAGGUAGUAUUGCUGCAAUUGAAACUGGUAUAGAUUCAAUAUUCAAUGGUCCAUCACCUGAACACAUCUGUAAUAGAGCAUUUGUAGCAAUACGACCACCGGGUCAUCAUUGUAAAGUUGCUACCCCUUCUGGAUUUUGUCUAUUAAAUAAUGCCCAUAUUUCAAUUGAAUACGCUGCUGAUCAUUACGGCAUUACUCACGCAGUAAUCUUGGAUUUCGAUUUGCAUCACGGCGAUGGUACCCAAGAUAUCUGCUGGAAAAGAGCAGGGUUUAGGUCUGAAGAUGAGCCUGAAGGUUCAGAAGGUUAUGAUGAUUUUGGCAAAAAAUUUGCUGAAUUUCCCAAAGUGGGGUAUUUUUCAAUGCAUGAUAUUAAUUCAUUUCCUACUGAAACUGGCUAUGCAACAAAAGUAAAUAUUAGAAACGCAUCUACUUGUAUCAUGGAUGGUCAUGAUUUAAAUAUUUGGAAUAUUCAUUUAUCUCCAUGGAAUACUGAAGAAGAUUUUCAAAAAUUAUAUCAAUCAAAAUAUAGAACUUUAUUUGCAAAGGCAGAUGAUUAUUUUAGAAAUGCAAAAUACCAAAUGGCACAAGAGGGUAAACCUUUUAAAGGUUUAGUGGUUAUUAGUGCAGGUUUUGAUGCUUCUGAAUAUGAGCAAACUUCUAUGCAAAGGCAUAAUGUUAAUGUCCCAACAAAUUUUUACACAAUGUUUACUAAAGAUGCUCUAAAAUUGGCUCAAAUUCAUUGUCAAGGUAAAGUUUUAUCUUUAUUGGAAGGUGGCUAUUCUGAUAAAGCUCUUACCUCUGGUGUUUUUGCCCAUUUGAUUGGGUUCCAAAAUCAAAACUGGAUUAAUGAAUGGGGUUCAGAACAAGUUGUUAAGGAAAUUGUUCGUGGUUGUAAACCUCAUUGGAAACCUUAUAAAACAAAAAAAUCAAGAGAUGUAAUUAGAAUAUGGGCUGAAGAAGUAAUAAGAUUAGGAAGAUCAAUGAUUCCUGAAUAUGAAACCUCGAUUGUUGAUGAUUUAAGAAAGAAUGUAACUACUAACGAGCGAGUCACACAAAGAAUAACAAGAUCACAUGAUGCUAAAAAGACAUCAUCAUCAUCACCAAGACAACAAACUUCAGAAAAUGAUGCAUUACAGAAAAACUUACUAUUGGCAGAAUCGAUGAAAAAGGAAAACAAUAUUAUUACAUCACAAACCAAUAGCAGAAGGCGUGUCACAUCAAGCGGUUUACAUUCUGUUCCAUUCUCUAAACAAGAUUUACCAAGUGAUGAUGAAGAAGAUGAUGAUGAUUAUGUUUAUGAUGAACAGUUAAAUAAAACGUUUAACCGUACAGUUGAAGAUAUUACCAUUGAUGAUAUAUCGAGACAUUUAGAAACUUUAGAACUUGCAUAUUCUGAUAACGAUGAUGAUAAUAAUGAUUAUGAUAACACCACUCAAAAGCAAAAGCAGAAACAAAAAUCAUCUUCUAGUACAAGAAAAUCUAAUAACUCUCAAAAACCAAAUAGAACAAUUUUAAAUUACGACGAUAGUGACAUAUCUAUGAUUUCUCAUGUUACGCCAAGAAGAUUUCAGCAGCAUAGCACCAGAAGUGGUGCAAGAUGGUAA